UAGCAAACUAGAAUGCUGCUACUUACAAGUAACCAACUCAGUUCAUUUAGUAGACUGAGGUCGAAUAGAUCGUCAUGAACUUAGCUGGCAAAGUUGUAAUUGUAACCGGAGCAAGUUCGGGCAUCGGCGCUGAGACUGCGAAGGCUUUUGCCAAAAAGGGUUCCAAAGUGGUGCUCGUAGGACGAAAUGAAGCGAAUUUGAAGGCUACUGAAGCAGCCUGUAAAGCAGCCAACAGCAAAAUCGAGGUGUUCUCCAUCAUUGCUGACGUCACAGUUGAUGCCGAGCGCAUUAUAAACUCGACAAUUGCAAAAUUCGGUCAGUUGGAUGUAUUGGUGAAUAAUGCCGGGGUGGGUGAAAGGGCUUCAAUCUUAGAUAUCGAAGUCGAUCAAUUAGAUCGCCUUUUAAAUAUAAAUUUGCGUUCGGUCUUCCUGCUGACUAAGUACGCCGCACCACAUCUCGUGAAGACCCAAGGUAAUAUCGUGAAUGUCUCUAGCGUCGCAGGAAUGCGUGUGUUUGCAGGUAGCUCGGUCUACUGCACUUCCAAAGCAGCAGUUGAUCAAUUCACCAGAUGUAUCGCCUUGGAUUUGGCACCGAUGAAUGUGCGUGUCAACGCUGUCAAUCCCGGCGUAAUUAUUACAGAUAUUCAUAGGCGUUCAGGCUUGUCGGAAGCGGAAUAUGCUAAAUUUUUAGAGCACUCGAAGUCUACACAUGCGCUGGGUCGCGUCGGUUAUGCAAAGGAGGUUGCUGAUGCCAUUACUUUCCUUGCUAGUGAUAGUUCGAGCUUUAUAACGGGCGCAACUUUGCCGAUCGAUGGUGGCAAACACGCCAUGUGUCCAAGUUAAUUGAAAUUAAAUGUUAUUUAUGACAAAUAAUAAUAAAUGUGAA